AUGCGCGAGAUUCGCCACAGAAUCCAAUCGUGUCAAAUCGUGGCUGUAUUCUUCCGCUAGCGCCAAGAUCCCUCGCGUUCAACGUCAACGUCGCCGGGAUCGUCGGGACAGGAAAUACGGGCGAAUCAACGGUUAAUUGCCGAUGCCCGAGGCGGUCGAGCGCGCGAGGUGACGCUCGAACGUCGACGAACAACGCCGGGACAUUUUCAUACGCGGGAACUAUUUCGAGAUAGAGGGGCGGCGUUGGCGGCCAUGAUGGGUGUCAGCGGCGAGUAGCGACGGUGUUCGGUCUCCGUCAGUUGGUUUUGCGCUUUGAUGAUUGAUGCCGAGCGUUCGGCGGAUAAAAAGGCGUUCGAUAAGCGGGAAUAGCUCGUAAGUGGACACAGUUGGGCUCACGAGCGCACGGCUAUCCCGCAGGAGAAUCAACGGCUGGAAUCGCACCGGUGAUAUACUUUGAAUAUUUCGGCAAAAUGACGCAGCUACUGCCCAUAAGGUUCCAAGAACAUCUUCAGCUUACAGCUGUAGGAAUCAAUGCCAGCAAUGUUAGCUUUAAUACGCUUACUAUGGAAUCUGAUAAAUUCAUCUGUGUGAGAGAAAAGGUCGGCGAUACUGCUCAGGUGGUUAUUAUCGACAUGAACGAUUCUGCCAACCCUAUCAGAAGACCGAUAUCUGCCGAUUCUGCGAUCAUGAAUCCAGCUAGUAAAGUCAUAGCUCUAAAAGCCAUGAAAACGCUUCAGAUCUUUAACAUUGAGAUGAAGUCGAAGAUGAAGGCCCAUACGAUGACGGAGGACGUGGUGUUUUGGAAGUGGAUAUCGCUGAACACGCUGGCGCUGGUGACAGAGACCGCGGUGUACCAUUGGUCCAUGGAAGGUGACUCGACGCCGAACAAGAUGUUCGAGCGGCACUCGUCGUUAAACGGCUGUCAGAUCAUCAAUUAUAGAACAGACCCGAAACAGACGUGGCUAUUAUUAAUCGGCAUUUCGGCGCAGCAUAACCGAGUGGUGGGCGCUAUGCAGCUCUAUUCUGUGGAGCGAAAGUGCUCGCAGCCGAUCGAAGGCCACGCCGCUUCCUUCGCUCAGUUCAAGAUGGAAGGGAACGCGGAGGCGAGCAACCUCUUCUGCUUCGCCGUGAGAACGGUCCAGGGAGCGAAGCUUCAUAUCAUCGAAGUGGGCCAACCGCCGGCGGGCAACCAUCCGUUCCCGAAGAAGGCGGUAGACGUGUUCUUCCCGCCCGAGGCCGGCAACGACUUCCCCGUCGCCAUGCAAGUUAGCUCGAAAUACGACGUCAUAUAUUUAAUCACGAAAUACGGCUACAUCCACAUGUACGACAUCGAGUCGGCGACCUGCAUAUUUAUGAACCGUAUCUCGGGCGAGACCAUCUUCGUGACCGCGCCGCACGAGGCUUCCGGCGGCAUAAUCGGCGUGAAUCGCAAGGGCCAGGUACUGUCCGUUUCCGUCGACGAGGAGAACAUCAUACCGUACAUCAACGGGGUGCUGCAGAACUCGGAAUUAGCCCUGAGAAUGGCGGUGAGGAACAACCUGUCCGGCGCCGAGGAUCUGUUCGUGAGGAAAUUCAACAUGCUCUUCCAGAACGGGCAGUACGCCGAGGCGGCGAAGGUCGCGGCCAACGCGCCCAAGGGAAUACUCCGUACGCCCGCGACCAUACAACGAUUCCAGCAGGUGCCGGCCACCCAGGGACAGACCUCGCCUCUCCUCCAGUACUUCGGCAUUCUCUUGGAUCAGGGACAGCUGAACAAGUACGAGUCGCUGGAGCUGUGCCGGCCGGUGUUGGUCCAGGGCCGUAAGCAGCUGCUGGAGAAGUGGCUGAAGGAGGACAAGCUCGAGUGCAGCGAGGAGCUGGGCGACCUGGUGAAGCAGGCGGAUCCCACGCUGGCGUUGAGCGUUUAUCUGCGAGCGAACGUUCCCAACAAGGUGAUACAAUGCUUCGCGGAGACCGGACAAUUUCAGAAGAUCGUGCUCUAUGCCAAGAAGGUCUCCUACACGCCCGACUAUAUAUUCCUCUUGCGAAACGUCAUGAGGAUCAACCCCGACCAAGGCGUGGCGUUCGCGCAGAUGCUGGUGCAAGACGACGAGCCGUUGGCCGACAUCAAUCAGAUCGUCGACAUAUUCAUGGAGCAGAACAUGGUGCAACAGUGCACGGCCUUCCUCCUGGACGCGCUCAAGAACAAUCGGCCGAGCGAGGGCGCCUUGCAGACUCGCCUCUUGGAGAUGAACCUGAUGUCCGCCCCGCAGGUAGCCGACGCUAUAUUGGGCAAUCAGAUGUUCACCCACUACGACCGAGCUCACGUCGCCCAGCUGUGUGAGAAGGCUGGCCUGCUGCAACGCGCCCUGGAACACUACACGGACUUGUACGACAUCAAGAGAGCGGUGGUGCACACCCACUUGCUCUCGCCUGACUGGCUCGUCGGAUUCUUCGGGACCCUGUCCGUGGAGGACUCCCUCGAAUGCUUGAAGGCCAUGUUAACGGCCAACAUACGUCAGAACCUGCAGAUCUGUAUACAAAUCGCGACCAAGUAUCACGAGCAGCUGACGACGAAGGCACUGAUAGACCUGUUCGAGAGCUUCAAGUCCUACGAGGGCCUCUUCUACUUCCUGGGUUCGAUCGUGAACUUCAGCCAGGAUCAGGAGGUACAUUUCAAGUACAUACAGGCGGCCUGCAAGACUGGCCAGAUAAAGGAAGUGGAGCGUAUAUGUCGGGAGAGCAACUGUUACAACCCGGAGCGCGUGAAGAACUUCCUGAAGGAGGCCAAGCUGUCCGACCAGCUGCCGCUGAUAAUCGUCUGCGACCGGUUCGACUUCGUUCACGACCUCGUUCUCUACCUUUACCGCAACAACCUGCAGAAGUACAUCGAGAUCUACGUGCAGAAGGUGAACCCGUCGCGUUUGCCGGUGGUCGUCGGCGGUCUGCUGGACGUCGACUGCUCGGAGGACAUCAUCAAGAACCUGAUACUCGUGGUGCGCGGCCAGUUCUCCACCGACGAGCUGGUCGAGGAGGUCGAAAAGAGGAACCGGCUGAAACUGCUGCUGCCGUGGCUGGAGUCUCGCGUGCACGAAUGCUGCGUGGAGCCCGCCACGCACAACGCGCUGGCCAAGAUCUACAUCGACAGCAACAACAAUCCUGAGAGGUUCCUCAAGGAGAAUCAGUUCUACGACAGCAGAGUCGUCGGCAAGUACUGCGAGAAGCGCGACCCGCAUCUGGCCUGCAUCGCGUACGAGCGCGGCCAGUGCGACCGCGAGCUGAUAAGCGUGUGCAACGAAAACAGCCUCUUCAAGAGCGAGGCGAGAUACCUGGUGAGACGUAGAGACCCCGAUCUCUGGGCGGAGGUGCUCCUGGAGAGCAACCCGUACAAGCGACCGUUGAUCGAUCAGGUGGUUCAGACGGCGUUAUCCGAGACCCAAGACCCCGAGGACAUAUCGGUCACGGUGAAGGCGUUCAUGACGGCCGACCUGCCUAACGAGCUGAUCGAGCUUCUCGAGAAGAUAGUGCUGGAUAGCAGCGUGUUCAGCGAUCACCGCAAUCUGCAGAAUCUCCUUAUACUGACGGCGAUUAAAGCUGACCGCACGCGCGUCAUGGAGUACAUCAAUCGCUUGGACAAUUACGACGCGCCGGACAUCGCGAACAUAGCGAUCAACAACGAACUCUACGAGGAGGCCUUCGCCAUCUUCAAGAAGUUCGACGUCAACACGUCGGCCAUCCAGGUGUUGAUCGAGCAGGUCAACAACUUGGACAGAGCCUACGAAUUUGCGGAAAGGUGCAACGAGCCGCCGGUGUGGUCGCAACUCGCCAGGGCACAGUUGCAGCAGGGUCUGGUGAAGGAAGCGAUCGACAGUUUCAUCAAAGCGGACGACCCGUCGGCGUACAUGGACGUGGUGGAGACGGCGCACCGGACCUCGCACUGGGAGGACCUGGUCCGUUAUCUGCAGAUGGCUCGCAAGAAAGCGCGCGAAUCCUUCAUCGAGAGCGAGCUGAUAUACGCGUACGCGCGGACCAACCGGCUCGCCGACCUCGAGGAGUUUAUAUCGGGCCCUAAUCACGCCGACAUACAGAAGAUCGGCGACAGGUGUUUCGACGACAAGAUGUACGACGCCGCCAAGCUCCUCUACAAUAACGUAUCCAACUUCGCGCGUCUAGCCAUCACCCUGGUGCAUCUGAAGGAAUUCCAAGGUGCUGUGGACAGCGCGCGCAAGGCCAAUUCGACCCGCACUUGGAAGGAGGUCUGUUUCGCCUGCGUGGACAGCGGCGAGUUCCGUUUGGCUCAGAUGUGCGGCCUGCACAUAGUCGUGCACGCGGACGAGCUCGAGGACCUGAUCAACUACUAUCAAGAUCGCGGCCACUUCGAGGAGCUCAUCAACCUCCUGGAGGCGGCUCUGGGACUCGAACGCGCUCAUAUGGGCAUGUUCACCGAGCUGGCUAUUCUUUACAGUAAAUACAAGCCUCAACGAAUGAGGGAGCAUUUGGAACUGUUUUGGUCGCGCGUCAACAUACCGAAGGUGCUACGCGCGGCGGAGCAGGCUCAUUUGUGGGCCGAACUGGUGUUCCUAUACGACAAGUACGAGGAGUACGACAACGCGGUUCUCGCGAUGAUGCAGCAUCCCACCGAGGCUUGGCGGGAGGGUCACUUCAAGGACGUGAUCACCAAGGUCGCCAAUGUCGAGCUCUACUACAAGGCUAUACAGUUUUACGUGGAGUACAAACCCCUACUGCUGAACGACAUACUGCUCGUGCUGGCCCCGCGCAUGGAUCACACCAGAUCGGUCGCGUACUUCACGAGGACCGGUCAUCUGCAACUGGUGAAGCCGUACCUGCGAUCGGUGCAGGCCCUCAACAACAAGGCCAUCAACGAGGCGUUGAACGGUCUGCUGAUCGACGAGGAGGAUUACCAGGGUCUCCGCACGUCGAUCGACGCGUUCGAUAACUUCGACAACAUCGCGUUGGCGCAGCAGCUCGAGAAGCACGAGCUGAUCGAGUUCAGAAGAAUCGCCGCGUACCUGUAUAAGGGGAACAACAGAUGGAAACAGUCGGUGGAGCUUUGCAAGAAGGACCGCUUGUUUAGGGAUGCUAUGGAAUACGCGGCGGAGUCGCGGAACGCGGAGGUCGCCGAAGAAUUGCUGGAGUGGUUCUUGGAGAGAGGCUCGAAGGACUGCUUCGCCGCAUGCCUGUUUCAUUGUUACGACUUACUUCACCCGGACGUCAUCCUGGAGCUUGCAUGGAGACAUCGCAUCUUACACUUCGCUAUGCCGUACCUCAUACAGGUCGCGCGGGAAUAUAUAACCAAGGUCGAUAAGUUAGAAGAAGCCGAGAGCCGACGUAUCGAGGAAACCGAUCAUCAGGAACAUAAGCCUAUGAUUAUGCCGGAGCCUCAGCUGAUGCUGACCGCAGGACCGGGAAUGAUGGCACCCGGCUACGCUCCUCAAAACGUAUACGGCACACCCGCGCAAAGCGUGUACGCGUCCACCGCCGCAGCCUAUCAAGGUUACGGUAUGUGAAAUACAUUUAACAGGACAGAUCAACAGAAUCUACUUUUCUAUAAAGUUUAGGUAGAACUCGAGAUUGUUUGGUUAGCUUGAAAUAUUAUCGAAGCGAGCAUACGAAUACCGGAGUGGAUAUAUCACACAUUAUCAGAGGCGUAAAAACUCACUUUUAGAUCAUUGAUUAUAACGAACGGUGAGAGAGAUGUAUUAGGAGGACGAGGAAUCCUGUCACAUCGCUAUCUAAGUGUAAACUUGUAAUUUAUAGGAGACAUUGCCGAGUAAAACAAUAUUAUAUAUCGCAUCGUUUAAGUAGUCUAAUCCGGAUCUUGUGAAACGGAUAACGCUAAUUACGUCAGGCGUAAUGCAUAAUAACGCGAUUGAAGCGAAGAAAUUCCUGUUUUCUUUUUAAUACCGCGGUGCUGAGAUUUUUCUAUUGAAUUUAAUUAUCGUUGCUGCACAGAGACGGUGAAGAGAUAUAUAUAUAUAUAUGUACAUGUACGUUGUAAGACAGAUAUAAUUUCGCUGUAUUUUGCUCGCACGUGUUUGUAUGUGCGUCUACGUGCCUUUCUUUUGACUACUGAAAGAAGAAACAAAUUGCUUCGUUUCGGCCAGAUCAACCUUGUAUCCUCGAUUCGUCAUUUCCAUACGAGUUACACGGCGUUUUUUUGUUUGUUUUUUUUUUCCUUUUCAGAUAGACCUCGAUUUUGAAUAAUACUUUUAUAUCUUUUCACGAUUUAGUUACAGCGGCAAAUGAAUUAAAAACCGACAUAAUGUCGACGAGUUCCUACGGCGUCCCGAUGCGCAGAAAAGAAUGACUGUUGUCGAUUAUUCGCGAACGAACCAGGUCACGCCGGUAAAUCGGAACUCGAAAUAAAAUGUUAUAUCGGAAUUGAAAUCGCUGAUUUAUAAUAUCACGUAUUUAAACGUGCUAGAAACGAGGAAGUGAACGUUCAAUUCUGAAAGUUGAUUCUUUCUUUCUACUUUCUAAAAAGAAAUGGUGGCAUUAUAAAAUAUAUAUAUAGAUUUUAGCAACAUCGUAGUGCGCGAUAAAUCACAGCGGAAAUAAAGCGCCCUGGCAAAUUUACAUGUAAUAAAAAAGAGCAUCUUCUUAGGUCGGGUAGAUCAUGUAUUGUUAUAAUAUCGGUAUGUAACGAGAUCUUUAAAAAAAAAAAAAAACGGUGAAAAUCUGUAGAAGUUUUAAAACAAAAAAAAAGGUAUGUGUCGCGUGUCUAUGAUACAUCGUUCUAGGUCUACCUGUGUGUACAUUCGCUUGAACAUGAUACAGACGCGUGUUCGCAGCUAGCUUGAUUUGCGUAAACCGAUCGUUCGUAAAAUAAAUGAUUACCAAUAUCGAAAUUGAUGGCAAGAUCUUAUUGUCUUACCAGUCUAUAUCGAAAUAUAUACAAUAGAUUGAGCUUUUUGCCCGAUCGUCAUA